UCUUCUCUUAAUUUGUAUCAUGUGACAAACAAAAUGGCGGCGCCCAUGUUCAAUUUUAAUGUUGGAAUAUUGGGACAUGUUGACAGUGGAAAAACAAGUUUAUCAAAAGCUCUUAGCACUACAGCUAGCACAGCAUGCUUCGAUAAAAAUCCACAGAGCAAGGAAAGAGGAAUUACGCUGGACCUGGGGUUCUCCUCCUUCCAACUUGAUGUCCCCACCCACCUCUCUCAACAUGCAGAGUCCGGAGUUGUACAGUAUACACUGGUGGAUUGUCCUGGACACGCGUCCCUUAUCAAGACAAUCAUUGGAGGUGCUCAGAUUAUCGAUCUGAUGUUUCUGGUUGUCGAUAUUGUGAAGGGCAUGCAAACACAGACAGCCGAAUGUCUUGUUAUUGGAGAAAUCACAUGUGAGAAGAUGAUAGUUGUCCUCAAUAAGAUGGAUCUGAUCCCUCCAGAUAAGAAGCAGUCCACCAUAGAAAGGAUGACCAAGCGUAUACUAAAGACUUUGGAGGGAACAAGGUUUGCUGGUAGUCCUGUAGUUGCAGUAGCAGCAAAGCCAGGAGGUCCAGAGUCAGGUGAUGUGAGCAGUGAAGGGCUUGCAGACCUGUUUGAGACACUGAGGCAGCACACGUACAUCCCUCAGCGCCAGGCACAAGGACCUUUUCUGUUCUCUGUGGAUCACUGCUUCAGUAUGCGUGGCCAGGGGACCGUACUCACUGGAACUGCGUUAAGUGGACAGCUGGCAGUGAAUGAUAACAUUGAAAUUCCAUCAAUGAAAGUGACCAAAAAAGUGAAAUCCAUUCAGAUGUUUAGAAAACCUGUUGAUAAGAUUCAGCAGGGGGACAGAGCAGGCGUCUGUGUGACCCAGUUUGAUCCGAGCCUGUUGGAGAGAGGCAUUGUCUGUACACCCAGAGCUCUACCAACUAUGGAGGCGGCCAUUGUGUCCAUUAACAGAAUACCAUACUAUAAAGGCAACAUCGCAUCAAAAGCCAAGUUCCACAUCACCUCGGGUCAUGACACAGUGAUGGGCAGACUGACAAUAUUUGGUGACUACAGCGGAGGCAACCUCAGUAGCCAGACAGCUGCACUGAGUCUGGACAGUCAGCUGGACUUUGAUCUCUCUAAGGACUACCUUUACCAAGACGAACUACUGACUGCUAAACAACAGACUGUGGCGGACUCCGGUAUCAGUGGGGCAGGUCCAGUGAAGCAAUACGCACUGAUUCAGUUUGAGAAACCAGUGACGUGCCAGCAGCAUGCAUUGAUAAUUGGAUCUAAGCUUGACACUGACAUUCAUGCCAAUGUUUGCCGCAUUGCGUUCCAUGGUCGGAUACUGCUGGGAAUCAGCGAUCCGCAGUCUGUGGCCUCCCAGCUCAGUAAGGUCAAGGUCUACAAGACCAAGGUCAAAGAGGGGCUGGUAGAAAGGGUCAUGGACACUUACACAGUUAUUGGCAAGAACCUGUUUAAGAAGGAAACUAACGUUGCUUCAUUCACAGGUUUAAAGAUACAACUGUCUACGGGGGAAGCAGGUGUCAUUGAAGGUGGGUUUGGUCAGAGCGGGAAAAUCAAGAUCAGAAUUCCAGCUGGUCUACAAGAGGACAUUGUUAAAAAGUAUAGUGGAGGAAAAAAGAAGAGCAAAAAAGGUGAGGAGGAAUCAACCAAUCAGGAGGACGAUAUGGACAAAGAACCAAUCAAAAUCAUCCUUACAUUUAAAAGAUAUAUCUAUGAUCUGGACAAAAAAAUGAAGCAGUCGUAAAGUAAAAUUUCUUUUAAAAGAUGCACAAUAUACAAGACUUUGCAUUGAACAUGAGGUUGUGUUUUCAUUUGCCAUUAAUAUUAUUUAUGUGUCUCAUUUCAUUUCCAUUUUGUUGGUGCCACAACAUUAAAUAACACAUGUUUCCAUAGGGCACAGAUGCAUGCACAUUCCUUGUUUUACUUAAAACUCUUCAUUUCAAAAAGAAGCUAUCUAUGGCCGGAUUUGACUUUUGACCUCUCAGUGUCAAUCUCCUAAUGGUGGUCAUUUGUGUUAUUUUAAUGGAUGACAAAGUAGCAUUUCAAAAAUGCGGCAAUAUGCUCUUUUGUAGAUAAAUUUGACUCUUUGACCUCUUAAUGUGACAAUCACUUGAGGAAGGUUGCAGACCUGGAUACAAAAAAUCAAGCUGCUUGACUGAACUAACCCGCUACCAUCUCCUUAUGGCCAGGAACGAACAAUAAAGUUUGGACUUGAAAUACACCAUACUGCCCCAAAACAGGUAGAGUUAGGCAUACAUGACUGCACUAAUUCUCUACCAUCUCCUUAUGGAGAGAAUGGAAUGGAGUUGUUAUAUGACAUGCUGUAUCCUCUACCAUCUCCUUAUGGAGAGAAUGGAAUGGAGUUGUUAUAUGACAUGCUGUAUUCUCUACCAUCUCCUUAUGGAGAGAAUGGAAUGGAGUUGUUAUAUGACAUGCUGUAUCCUCAUUGCAGUCAUUAGUGGUCAAGUUAUUUUUUAACUCUUUCAGUGCUGGAACCGAAUUUUGAGGGCCUUUGCAACCAGUUUGGAUCCAGAUGAGACGCCACAGAACGUGGCGUCUCAUCAGGAUCCAAACUGUUUGCUAUACUGAUAGUAUUGUUUGAAAAAAUAAUCGAAGAAAAUGCUAAUUUUAGAAAUUCAGCAGAUGACAUUUUAGCAGACAACAAAUUUCCCAGCAUGCAAAGGGUUAAAAGCAUUUUUUAAAGCAUGAUGAAUAACAAAGUCAAAGUCAGGACAAGCUGUUUUAUGGGCAAAUUUGACAUUGGCUCUCUAUCUGUGACCUUGACCUUUGAGGUAAGGAGUUGCAUGUUACAUGUUGCUUUACAUGUCUAGAAAAUUGUGUUGACUUGAAGAGCAUAAAUUAUCAAAAAGACA